AUGCUUCUAGAUGAUGAUGACGAUGAUGGUGAUGAUGAAGAAGGUGAUGACGAUGAUGAUGAUGAUGAUGAUGACGAUGACGAUGACGAUUACGAUGAUGAUGAAGAUGACGAUGACGAUGAUGAUGAUGACGAUGACGACGAUGAUGAUGAUGAUAAUGAAAAAGAUGGUGAUGAUGACGAUGACAAUGACUAUGUCGAAGACGACCACGAUGACUAUGACGAUGACUAUAACGAUGACGAUGACGAUGACGAUGACGAUGACGAUGACGAUGAAAAUGACGAUGAAAAUGACGAUGAAGAUGACAAUGACGAUGAAGAUGCAUUUUAG